CCCUGCGGCCAGGGGGCGGGGCCUGCGUGAUGGCGUCAUGGGGCGGGGCCUCGGGGCGGCGGGAAGCGGACGCGAGAGUAUGGAGGUGCAGGAGAAUGGUGCGGUCCAGGACGCUGCGCCUGUCGCCAGCAAGGCGUCCAGCAGCGCCGGCCACUACGAGCUGCCGUGGGUGGAGAAGUACAGGCCGGUGAAGCUGAAUGAAAUUGUGGGGAAUGAAGACACGGUGAGCAGGCUGGAGGUCUUUGCCCGAGAAGGGAACGUGCCCAACAUCAUAAUUGCUGGCCCCCCGGGAACGGGCAAAACGACCAGCAUCCUGUGUUUGGCCCGAGCGCUGCUGGGCCCGGCCCUUAAGGAUGCUGUUCUGGAACUCAAUGCCUCGAAUGACAGGGGCAUUGACGUCGUGAGGAAUAAAAUCAAGAUGUUCGCCCAGCAGAAGGUCACCCUCCCCAAGGGCCGGCACAAGAUCAUCAUCCUGGACGAGGCCGACAGCAUGACGGACGGGGCCCAGCAGGCUUUGAGGAGGACCAUGGAGAUCUACUCCAAGACGACUCGCUUUGCUCUGGCAUGCAACGCUUCGGACAAAAUCAUAGAGCCCAUCCAGUCGCGGUGCGCCGUCCUGCGCUACACCAAGCUCACGGACGCACAGAUUCUCGCCAGGCUGCUGAACGUCAUCGAGAAGGAGCAGGUGCCACACACGGACGACGGCCUGGAGGCCAUCAUCUUCACGGCGCAGGGCGACAUGCGGCAGGCGCUGAACAACCUGCAGUCCACCUUCUCGGGGUUCGGUUUCAUCAACAGCGAGAACGUGUUCAAGGUCUGCGACGAGCCCCACCCCCUGCUGGUCAAGGAGAUGAUCCAGCACUGUGUGAAUGCCAACAUCGACGAAGCCUACAAGAUUCUCGCGCACCUGUGGCACCUGGGCUACUCCCCAGAAGACAUCAUUGGCAACAUUUUCCGGGUGUGUAAAACCUUCCAGAUGGCGGAGUACUUGAAGCUGGAGUUUAUCAAGGAAAUCGGAUACACGCACAUGAAAGUCGCAGAAGGCGUGAACUCUCUGCUGCAGAUGGCGGGGCUGCUGGCCAGGCUGUGCCAGAAGACAAUGGCCCCGGUGGCCAGUUAGAGCCGAGAGCCCCUGCGUGCUGUGUGAUUGGCCCGGAGUCCCUGUCCCUGCAGUGGGGGAGCCACGGCCCUGGGGGAGGAGGCACCACCGUGGACAGGAGACCCCCAGGGUGUGUGCGUGUGCGUGUGUGUGUGUGCGCGCGCACGUGUGCAGGCACGUGCCCUCCCAGUUAAUAAAGCCCCACCGUGUGUGUCA